AUGCUUCAAGGUGUUUUAGCUGAAAAUGGUCUUGAUAUUAUGAAAUGUGUCGGCAAUGCAACAGAUGGCGCAGCAAACAUGCAAGGCAAAUUUAAUGGUUUUUCUGCUUGGCUUGAGAAGUCAACACCAAAUCAAGUUCACGUUUGGUGCUAUGCACAUAUUUUGAAUUUAGUGAUCAUUGAUUAUACCAAAUCACCUCUGAAAGCAGCCUCAUUUUUUGUCACUCUUAAUGAUCUUGCUAAUUUUUUCAAAGAGUCGUAUAAAAGGAUGAACGUUUGGGCGAAUACUGUUGGUGAAAAUAAUAAAAAACGUUUACAAUCUAUAGGUAACACACGGUGGUGGUCAAAAGAACUGGCGUUAAAACAUUUAUUUGGAUCUGAUGGUAUGUAUAUUGAUGUGAUAUUGGCCUUAAAUGCUAUACAUAUUUCAAAUGGAUUCACUCCAGAAGCUAGGUUAAAGCCUACAACUUUAAAAAAUUCAAUCUUAGAAUACUCAACAAUAUUAACCGCUUUUAUUUACAUAAGAAUUUUUAAUAUUGUUGGCCCUUUGUCUAAAUAUUUACAAACCAAGGGUAUGAAUUUAUUAAAAUGUCAAGAGAUGGUUUUCACAGCUAUUCAAAAUCUAAAGUCUAUUCAAAGAGAUAUGGAUGGAGUUAAAGUGAUGGCAAAAAAAUGUAUUGACACCAUGUUAGAAAAAUUAGAAUUGAUAGAAACCGAAGACAUAGACAUAGUAAUUGAAACUGAGUUGCCUAUAAUCAGAUCCAGAAAACGAAAAAUAUUGUCUGGUGAAAAAAAUAAAAUUAUCAAUUACAGAUCCUGA